GCAUGGAUGACUGUAGCAGAAGAUUAGCUGCUGGGGAAAGACGUUUUACGUUUGAAAGGAUUUAAGUGAGAUCUAGAAGUGGUUUAACCAUGGCCACUACUACAGAGAAUGGACCGAGUUCGCGUUCCGAAGAGAGCCAAGAAGCGCAAACAAACGUCAACGCCACAACUGAAUACUGCGCAAAAUUGCAAGAAUGGAUGUGGCAGUAUUACUGGGGCUAUGCAAAUUGGCAAAGCUGGAUGACUCUGACUACGUUUCCUUUUCCUCCGUGCAAUUUCCCCGUAGCUGGAAACUAUCAAGCGCCGACUGGAACUCCAUGGCCCGCUGGACAACCAACUUUAGAUGCCCAAUAUGGGUACAACUAUCCGGGAAUGGGGUAUCCCUUUCCAUUCCCUGCGCCCCCGACUACGGGUGCUCAGACAGGGCAGCAGAUGACAGCUGGGACACCGCCUCAUGAUGCAAGGCCAGUGCAACAACAGAACGGAAACGCACCUCAAGCAGGUACACUACAAGUCUAUGAUGACAAUAGCGCUAUAGGCCUACACUCACUGACUGACUCUGGGUGUACAGGUCGUUUUUGUGUCAUCAUGUAGCUACUAACUAGGCCUACUCGGGUCAAAGAAACAAAGACAACACCUUUCCUCUAUUUGUUCAUUACUAGAAUGAGUUGCUUGUACAGGAUCACGUGCAGCUUCUUGAGCAAACAGCAGGCUAAUCAUGAUGUGUACCUACCUACUCAUGCAUAUCUUUACAAUCUGCAGAGGCCUUGUUGAUCUGAAUAGAAUACAUUGUUUAAGUCAGCUCUUGAGCCCACCUGAUCUAAGGCAAAUCACCUAUGCACUGACUUAAUUGGCUGAACAAAAUUAAAUGGAUUGAUCAGGGGUUUAAAGUAGGCCUGCUCACAUUCUCUCUAAAUUAGUUUAACAUAAUCUACCUGGGUACAAUAGCUAAAGUUGUCUUCUCCCCUUCAGGUCGGGAAUACACCAUCCCUUCUCCCCUCCACAGAUUCCUAGCCGAGACAGUGGACUUUUUUAUUUUAUUUUGCAUCAAGGCAACCAUCAUCCUGUGGAUUAUGCACCUUAGUGGCAUGAAGUGAGUCAAUCAGUCUAGCCUUUUAUCAUUUCCAUGGCCUUGAAUGAGGAGAAAAAGACAAGAAAAUAACAUUAAUGAACAUUUAUUUUCAGUAUCAUAAUAGUCCAUGAUUAUUCUAUUGUAUUCCACUCUACUCUACUCUAUUCUCCCCCACAGGGACAUCACUAAGUUCAUCACCCACUUCAUAGUUGAGGAGAUAGAUGAGAACACAUCUAUGGAGGACCUGCAGAAGAUGAUGGCAGUAGCUCUGGUCUACAGGUUGCUGGUCUGUUUCUAUGAGGUAGAGUAUCUCUGGUGUAUAGGGAGCUGUUCUGCUUCUAUGAGGUAGGUUUUUGAGUAUUGAUCUUAUGUCAGUCUGAGAUUAGGCUAUGGUUUCCGGUGAGAACAAUCGUGCAGUCUCAGUGUAGCUACCUGAGAAGGUUAAGGCUAGUAUGUGACCUUUCAAUUGCCUACACCAGCAUAAUAUGGGUUAAGUUGGUUAUACAUAAAGUUACAAAGCAUUGAGAAUGAGUGACAACCUAAACCCCUGUAUUCACAAUGGAAAACACAUUAAUCAUUUCCUACCACAGAUAUUGACUCAUGGUGAUAUGUGUGGAUUGCAUCAACAUUGAUCUUUAUGAAGAAUAUUUCACUUACAGUAUGUGAUAUAUUUUCACUGUCACUCUGACCUUCCUCCUCCUCUCAGAUCAUCUGUAUCUGGGGUGCGGGCGGUGCCACCCCGGGGAAGUUCCUCCUGGGUCUUCGGGUCGUGACAUGUAACAGUUCAGUCCUGGUCCGACCUAACCGGGUACUGGUGGUGCCGGCAUCUAACGUCACCCUGUCAGCGUAAGUCACUGACUGCAUGUGACACAUCUUUUUUUAGCUCUGUUGAAAGCAGAUGAAAAUAUGACUGGUUUGAUUUGCUCAAUUGGCUACAGACAUCUACUUCUACCACUAGUACUACUGCAUUUCCGUAUGCAAAGGUGUGACCAAGAUAACUUUGACUGAGCAUUGAAUAUGAAACGCACACAAAUGCUCACUGGAGCCUGAGUGCUUGUGAGUUCAUAGCAUACUACAUAGCUAGAUAUGAAGCCUGUCUCUGAAAUGGAGAAAAGCUUUCUUUGAAAAUGGGGAUUUGACAUUUAACCCUUGUUUUAUGGUACUGUUUCCACUGAUCUUAACCUAGUAUUGCAUGUUUAGGUUAUUGCUAUGUAAUUAAUAUUAUCUACAGUGAGGGAAAAAAGUAUUUGAUCCCCUGCUGAUUUUGUACGUUUGCCCACUGACAAAGACAUGAUCAGUCUAUAAUUUUAAUGGUAGGUUUAUUUGAACAGUGAGAGACAGAAUAACAACAACAAAAUCCAGAAAAAACGCAUGUCAAAAAUGUUAUAAAUUGAUUUGCAUUUUAAUGAGGGAAAUAAGUAUUUGACCCCUCUGCAAAACAUGACCCUUGUUGGCGAUCACAGAGGUCAGACGUUUCUUGUAGUUGGCCACCAGGUUUGCACACAUCUCAGGAGGGAUUUUGUCCCACUGCUCUUUGCAGAUCAUCUCCAAGUCAUUAAGGUUUCGAGCCUGACGUUUGGUAACUCGAACCUUCAGCUCCCUCCACAGAUUUUCUAUGGGAUUAAGGUCUGGAGAUUGGCUAGGCCACUCCAGGACCUUAAUGUGCUUCUUCUUGAGCCACUCCUUUGUUGCCUUGGCUGUGUGUUUUGGGUCAUUGUCAUGCUGGAAUACCCAUCCACCCAUUCCAUUUUCAAUGCCCUGGCUGAAGGAAGGAGGUUCUCACACAAGAUUUGACGGUACAUGGCUCCGUCCAUCGUACCUUUGAUGCGGUGAAGUUGUCCUGUCCCCUUAGCAGAAAAACACCCCCAAAGCAUAAUGUUUCCACCUCCAUGUUUGACAGUGGGGAUGGUGUUCUUGGGGUCAUAGGCAGCAUUCCUCCUCCUCCAAACACGGCGAUUUGAGUUGAUGCCAAAGAGCUCAAUUUUGGUCUCAUCUGACCACAACACUUUCACCCAGUUCUCCUCUGAAUCAUUCAGAUGUUCAUUGGCAAACUUCAGACGGACCUGUAUAUGUGCUUUCUUGAGCAGGGGGACCUUGCGGGCGCUGCAUGAUUUCAGUCCUUCACGGCGUAGUGUGUUACCAAUUGUUUUCUUGGUGACUAUGGUCCCAGCUGCCUUGAGAUCAUUGACAAGAUCCUCCCGUGUAGUUCUGGGCUGAUUCCUCACGGUUCUCAUGAUCAUUGCAACUCCACGAAGUGAGAUCUUGCAUGGAUUGACAGUUAUUUUGUGUUUCUUCCAUUUGCGAAUAAUCUCACCAACUGUUGUCACCUUCUCACCAAGCUGCUUGGCGAUGGUCUUGUAGCCAUUCCAGCCUUGUGUAGGUCUACAAUCUUGUCCCUGACUUCCUUGGAUAGCUCUUUGGUCUUGGCCAUGGUGGAGAGUUUUGAAUCUGAUUGAUUGCUUCUGUGGACAGGUGUCUUUUAUACAGGUAACAAGCUGAGAUUAGGAGCGCUCCCUUUAAGAGUGUGCUCCUAAUCUCAGCUCGUUACCUGUAUAAAAGACACCUGGGAGCCAGAAAUCUUUCUGAUUGAGAGGGGGUCAAAUACUUAUUUCCCUCAUUAAAAUGCAAAUCAAUUUAUAACAUUUUUGACAUGCGUUUUUCAGGAUUUUUUUGUUGUUAUUCUGUCUCUCACUGUUCAAAUAAACCUACCAUUAAAAUUAUAGACUGAUCAUUUCUUUGUCAGUGGGCAAACUUACAAAAUCAGCAGGGGAUCAAAUACUUUUUUCCCUCACUGUAUUGUCAAGUCUUGUAAAAAAUAACUUCCAACCCUUUCUCCCCCUUCCCAGUUCCACGGUGCGGGCGUUGAACAAGAACUUCUCCAUCGCCUUCCUGUUCCCCGUCUUCAUUAUCCUCCUCUUCUUCCAACACAACAGGACUGUGUAUGACAUUGUAGCAGGAACCAUCGUGGUGCAGCGCAGAGGGGCCAGAUAAAAUACCCUAUAGUGGAUCUGAACAGGGUCCUGUUCAUUA